AUGACCGGAAGCGACCGAUCUGGAGGCAAUGGCAAGCAUGUUAAUAUAUGUGGAAGCUGGGAUGCAUGGAAAAAGAAGAUUCCUUUGGUGAAAAGUCACGACGAUUUCAUAACAAUCAUCAAUUUGCCUGAAGGACGGCACGAAUUCAAGUUUCACGUUGACGGCACGUGGAUAUGUGACAAUAACUUGCCGAAGACCGAAAACACGAUGGGAACCGAAAACAACGUGAUCAUAAUCGACAGGGCAGAUUUCGAGGUGUUCGAUGCUUUGGAGAAGGAUUUAGCAGCCGCUAACAGCAGCGGUCGCAUGAAAAGCCCUUCGUUUUCGAGCGGCUGUGAGAAGUCUCUGUCGUUCUGCCAGGAUAUUCCGUCGCUCAUACUCAAUCAAGACACGUCGAUGUCUUGCGAUCCGAACCUGCUUCCGGAACCGAACCAUGUUAUGCUUAACCAUCUCUAUGCCUUGUCGAUUAAAGACGGCGUUAUGGUGCUGAGCGCUACGCAUAGGUAUCGGAAAAAAUAUGUCACCACUUUACUGUACAAGCCGAUAUAA